CCUUACAAUUAUGAGAAAAUCAAAUAAGUUGGAAGUUAUCAUAAGUCCAAAAAGUGACAGUAUACUUAAAGAUUGUUGAUACAUUGUGUUAAAAACAUUUCUAACUGCAUAGUACUUAUUUUGAUUAUAAAUUUUAUCUUUUUUUCAUUUAACGUACGUCUUUUUAUUCUUUGUGUAAAAAAACCAAACAUAGUAUGAAUAAGAAAAACAAAAUAAACCACCAAUGAGGAUAAUUGCUGAGGUUAAUUAGGGAGGUUUGAUGCAAGCUCGUGUGGCGGAUCUAACCACUUUUGAAGGACGGGGUUUUUUUUUCUCGAUUUUCCAGAUUCUGAUAUCAAGUUUGCCUAUUUUAAAUGAUUUAAAAAUCCAAAGAAAGUGGGUUCAGACCCCGACUCUUCGUCCUUAAGAAUUUGCAACUAUUUAGUGCAUAAAAGAUAACUUCACAGCUGUUAUCGAUGUUGCCACAUGUGCCAGAUUUCAAUUCAAAAUAUUUGUCAGUUGAUUUCAAAUUAUCUUCUAAGUAUAUAUCUUAUUUCAGUUUAUGUGCACAUGUUCUAAAAUUAUUGAUAUAUGUACUGAGUAUUGAUAUUAGUUUAACAAUUGGUGAAUGGCUGUCAUAUUCUAAACUUGGUGCAGACACUUUGAAAAUAACAGCGGUGAGCUGAACUACAUUUGAUGGCAAACCAACCCUCCCUCUAGUUCCAAUUUAUCUAUGAAUCUUGGACUCCUCAAUCUGACUCUACUUAUAUUUUAGAAGAUAGUAGAGUAAGAUAAUCUCAACCACGUUCUGAAAUUUCUGUCUAUUAUAUAUCAAUUAAUCUUGAACUCGUUUACAUGGUUCAAGGUCUGAAUAAUAAAUGUCAUGAGUUACAUUUUUGUUAUUAUAAGAACAUGUCAAUCUGACAGGGUUCAUCUGACUUUGAUCAAAUUUUUACGGUCUUUGAUAUGAUCAAAGCCAAGUUUUCGUUAUUAGGCCAGUUUCACUAAUAUAAGUAUCUACAAUAAAGCAACUGCAAUUGAUCUAAAAAUCAUUUGAAUGUCAACCGUUCCGUCUGACAGAUGUCAUCUGACCUUGACCUCACUUUCAUGGUCCAAAAAUCAUAGCUAUACGAUUUCGUAGUUAUUGUGACGAUUGUAACCGGUAAUCAUUUAAAAACAAACGUCCCAUUCCUUAGACGUAGUAGGAUCGAUGGAUAGUCGGUUAAUUACUAGUACUCUAGGUAUAGAUCUACUAUUUAGCAUAUAAAAUUGUUGCAAUAUGUGUACAUCCGCCUGACAGACAUCAACUGACCUUGACAAUUUUCAUGGUUCGUUGCAAGGUUAACAAUAAUUUCAGCGAUUAUGUCAGUUACUUCAAACCUUCUACCUUACACAUAAUGAGGGGGUGGACAGGGGUAUGGAACAUGGUAAUGAGGGGCCGGGAAGCGGGAACCGGGGGAAGAGGGGAGUAAAAUAGGGAUCCACUUCAUUUGAACUUUAAUGGGAUAGUUGUCUCAUUGGCAAUCAUACUACACAUCUCCUUUUUUUUUUUAUAUGUCCAUUUUAAGUUUGAUACAUGUAGCUACCCGAUAAAAAAUUAUUCAUUCAUAAUCAACUACGCAGGCGAGUCAUUUCGGCGUACGUGCCCAAUCUUGUUUUACAUUAUAAGACUAUCCAAUUAGAAGUUUGUUUAAUGAAUGUUACCCGGCACAGAUGUUAAGCAAAAGAAAACGUUUUGUAUUUCAUAAGUCAAGAACAUAAUUAAAUAAAAUGAUAUUUAUGAUUUAUUCCCAAAUCGAUUACGGUCACCGUUUGAACUGUAAAAUACAGAACUAUGAAUACUCUGCAUCCGUUUUGUUGCUGAACGGGAAUCAAUAUGGUGCAAGAUGUCACCUAUUUUAAUCAGUAUCAUAGAGUGUAAAACGGGGGUUUCUACUUUAGACAUGAACUUAUACCGGUUUUUUUUAUAAAAAAAACUGUACACCUUUAUAUGGAAAGUAUUUAAAUGACAUUUUAUUUGCAUAUUUCUGUAAUUUAUUUGAAUAUAAAGAAUUGAAAAAAGGAGAUAUAUAAUUUUUGACUCCCUUUCCUCAACAAAGUCGCCUCUCGCAUAACAAUUUGUGUAUGCGGUAUAGAACUAAUAUGACAAAGUAAUGAACAUAGAUUUAAUAACGGUAAAAAUAAAGACGUUCGUAGUAUUUUUCUUCAUUUUGGGAUGCAAUGUCAAAAUUUCACAAACUUUUUAUAGCGGUGGUGUCGCUCUAACUUUCGAACUUGGGGAUCAAGAGAAGAGCUGUUUUAUUGAAACUUUUCCAGGAGGGAAGAGUUAUUUGUUUUCAUACCAAGUUAUAAGGGGAGGUAACAACGAUGUUGAUGCUUGGAUCGUUUCACCGAACGGGAAAAUUCUUUAUAAGGAACAACGAAAAGAAAGUGACGAAUUCACCUUUGACCCAUCAAAAGGAGAUUUCCAAUUUUGUUUCGGGAACCAGUUUUCUACAAUCACCCAUAAAGUCGUCUAUUUUACCAUUAGUCCACAAGGGAUAGAUUCUUUAGCUGUUGAAGCGGGCGAUAAAAAACCGACUGCUCACACUUUAUUACAGGAUGCAUGUGAUGAAAUUCACGCCGCUAUGACGGAAGUAUUUGAAAACCAAGUGGAUUUCCGGCUGAAGGAGUCCAUGGGACGCUAUGUAGCUGAGGAACUAAACAAUCGCGUAAUGUGGUGGUCUAUCGGACAAGCUUUGACCGUUAUGAUUAUAGGGUUUGGACAGGUCUUUAUACUUAAAACAUUCUUCUCUGACAAGCUACCAUCUCAAAAUAAGCUUCUAGAUACAUAAACUUAGCAUUAAUUGUAGAACAGAAUUAUUUUCAUAAAGAUAGAUUUUCAUAAAAAGUCAGACAUUGAUGCCAUUUUGUAGUGAGUUCGAGAAAUGAUUGUACUUAAACAUUUGUAUAUUUAAGAUAUCUUAGUAUAGUACUUUAGUAAUUACUUUUAUCAUACAUAUAAUGGUUGAUCUAAUUAUUGUAUUUGUAUCAGUAUUAACAGACCAUGUUUUCCUACUUCAUAAGAAGCUUGGUUCCACAUUGGUGGCAGCUAAUGUAUUAAUGAGUACCAUAUCUUAUAUUUUGCCUAACUUCAUAUUUGAUAAAGCUGCUUUGAGAAUAUAUCAAUAAGAUAAACUUCUGCGUGUUCUACAUAUUUAUUUUUGUAGAAUAUGCUUCCGCUUUAGAGUCUGAAUUUGAAUUUGAGACUGGUUUAAUUAAUAUUUAAUAUUUAAUAGCCAUAUGAAGCCAAUAAAAUAUUUAUACUUUAAAUAGUUAAUCUGGUUAAGGAAAAGAUGUCGCAGAUGUUGAUCUCUUAAUUCAUAUAUCAAUUCAUAUUAUAUUGUUAACAAUGCAGUGUGUUCUUAUGAUUAAGUUAACAAUCCAUGACAAAUGAAUCUUUUUGUAAUAAAUUUGAACUUUUGA